AUAAAAUAGAAUUUCAAAGCUUGAAACAUCUUUGGACUUUGUGAACACUUGUAAUACAAAACAAUUACUGUUUACAAAGUUUACUAGUAAUACAAAUACAAAGUUUACAGAGAACUUUCAUAUCUCUUAAUUCUUGACAAUGACCCUGUGAUACAGGUAGAGAUUAUCACAUGUAAUUUCUUUGGUGAGUAAACCGGCUCGAAGAGCUUAGGUUAUUUACCAAAAUCAAAUAUUAAGUGAUAAAACCAGGAUUUGAGCCCAGGUUUUCUCAGUCUAAAUACAGGAAUCUUUCUAGAUUACUAUGAUUCUCAGUUUUUUUUAACUUUUUGGUCAAGGCCAUCAAAAAGAAUAAUUUCCAACUAAUAUUUGUUACCUAAGAGUUGUCCCUUGUUCUGAAUUGUCCUUAUGAAGCUUUUCUUAAGAUUAAACUUUGACUUAGCUAAUAAAAUUUUUGGCUUUUUUUCUCCUACCAUACAAUAAAUUUGGCAAAUAAGUUUCUUAUAAACUUACCAGUAUUUUGCAAAUGCAACUAUGCACAUGUAUUUAAUGGUCAUUUAGGUUUGUUAGCUUUUAUAAAGGCUGAAAAUGUGGUUUAUUUGAGGCUGUAUUGAAAAAAUAUACUUGAGCUUUUCCUAAAGCAUAAAAUAACAUUGAGGGUGAUUUAGCUAACACAAUUAGUCAAGGAUUCUGAAGAGAAAUGUGGUUUAGAUCUUUACAAUAUUCUUUUUUUUUUUUUAGAGGAUUUUCCCAGAGAUAACAUGAAAUAAAAUAUAAUCUCAUUGCUAUUUGAUAGUAAAUCCUAGCUUCCACAGAUAUUCUGAUGAAUUGCUUUCUACUAGGUUUAUUUGAUUUAAAAAACUGUUCUAAUAUAGAGAAUUUCAUCUGCAGAGAAAAUCUUUUCUUGGUUAAGAGUUCCUCAUAUACAUAAACAUACUGGGUCUCACAUUUAAUGGCAAAGUAAACAACAAAGUUAUCACACAGCUAUCAUUUAUAUUAAGUGCUUAGUAUGUUCUGGGCACUAUUCUAAGAAAUGUGAAGAUCAAAUUAGUUAAUUAGUUAGUUUAAUCCUCACAUUAGCUCUACCAUGAGUUUACUAUUUCUAUUCCAUUUUAUAGGAAAGGAAGGAGACAAAGUAAGUGAUUUUUCUAUCAAGGAAGGAAAUUUGCAAGAGAGUAGUUUCAAUACAAAAACUAAAUUUGUAUGUAGCUCUGUAUUGAAGUAGGUAGGUAUAGUCAGUCUGGACAUUUUAUGCUUAUACAUGUUAGUCCCUAGGAAAACCCAGAAAAUGUGAAUCUAUCAGGUUCAACUGAUAGAUUCAGAAAAGGUGGAAAAAUCAGUGAAUUGUAUGUGAAACACAUUAUUCUUAGUGGACUGCUUGUUAAAGGCAAGGAGAGUGUUAGUAAAGAGCUUAGCUAGAUUAGAAUAAAGAAAUUGUCUCUCUCCAUCUGUUCUAAUUAGCUUAUCUCAUCAGCUUUUAUAGCAUGCUGGUUAUUUCAGAAAAGAAGUGAGAGCUACUUUGAAAGGACAACCAUUUUUCUUUACGCUAAUUUAUAAUGGUUUUGAAGUGGUUGUUCAUUCUCAAACAUAGACUUUUAAAUGUUAGGUCUUUCCUAUAACUCGUUGUUAUUGGAAGUUUCAAGGAUUUGGACGCUCAGUUAAGGAUUUUGUCCUCUCCUCAUUCCUUUGGUUUUGGCCCAAAUGAUUAUGUUUCCUCUUUUUGGGAAGAUUUCUCUGGGUAUUUUGAUAUUUGUCCUGAUAGGAGACUUUCCAUCGUUAACAGCACAAACCUACUUAUCUUUAGAGGAGAUCCAAGAACCCAAGAGUGCAGUUUCUUUUCUCCUGCCUGAAGAAUCAACAGACCUUUCUCUAGCUACCAAAAAGAAACAGCCUCUGGACCUCAGAGAAACUGAAAGACAGUGGUUACUCAGAAGGCGGAGAUCUAUUCUGUUUCCUAAUGGAGUAAAAAUCUGCCCAGAUGAAAGUGUUACAGAGGCUGUGGCAAAUCAUGUGAAGUAUUUUAAAGUCCGAGUGUGUCAGGAAGCUGUCUGGGAAGCCUUCAGGACUUUUUGGGAUCGACUUCCUGGGCGUGAGGAAUAUCAUUACUGGAUGAAUUUGUGUGAGGAUGGAGUCACAAGUAUAUUUGAAAUGGGCACAAAUUUUAGUGAAUCUGUGGAACAUAGAAGCUUAAUCAUGAAGAAACUGACUUAUGCAAAGGAAACUGUAAGCAGCCCUGAACUGUCUUCUCCAGUUCCUGUUGGUGAUACUUCAACAUUGGGAGACACUGCUCUCAGUGUUCCACAUCCAGGGGUGGACUCCUAUGAAGGUGCCUCAGACAGCAGCUUGGAAAGGCCAGAGGAGAGUAUUAGCAAUGAAAUUGAGAAUGUGAUAGAAGAAGCCACAAAACCAGCAGCUGAACAGAUUGCAGAAUUCAGCAUCCACCUUUUGGGGAAGGAGUACAGGGAAGAACUACAGGAUUCCUCCAGCUUUCACCACCAGCACCUUGAAGAAGAAUUUAUUUCAGAGGUUGAAAAUGCAUUUACUGGGUUACCAGGCUACAAGGAAAUUCGUGUACUUGAAUUUAGGUCCCCCAAGGAAAAUGACAGUGGCGUAGAUGUUUACUAUGCAGUUACCUUCAACGGUGAGGCCAUUAGCAAUACCACCUGGGACCUCAUCAGCCUUCACUCCAACAAGGUGGAAAACCAUGGCCUUGUGGAACUGGACGAUAAACCCACUGUUGUUUAUACAAUCAGUAACUUCAGAGAUUAUAUUGCUGAGACAUUGCAGCAGAAUUUUUUGCUGGGGAACUCUUCCUUGAAUCCAGAUCCUGAUUCCCUGCAGCUUAUCAAUGUGAGAGGAGUUUUGCGUCACCAAACUGAAGAUCUAGUUUGGAACACCCAAAGUUCAAGUCUUCAGGCAACGCCAUCAUCUAUUCUGGAUAAUACCUUUCAAGCUGCAUGGCCCUCAGCAGAUGAAUCCACCACCAGCAGUAUUCCACCACUUGAUUUCAGCUCUGGUCCUCCCUCAGCCACUGGCAGGGAACUCUGGUCAGAAAGUCCUUUGGGUGAUUUAGUGUCUACACACAAAUUAGCCUUUCCCUCGAAGAUGGGCCUCAGUUCUUCCCCAGAGGUUUUAGAGGUUAGCAGCUUGACUCUUCAUUCUGUCACCCCGGCAGUGCUUCAGACUGGCUUGCCUGUGGCUUCUGAGGAAAGGACUUCUGGAUCUCACUUGGUAGAAGAUGGAUUAGCCAAUGUUGAAGAGUCAGAAGAUUUUCCUUCUAUUGAUUCAUUGCCUUCAAGUUCAUUCACUCAACCUGUGCCAAAAGAAACAAUACCAUCCAUGGAAGACUCUGAUGUGUCCUUAACAUCUUCACCGUAUCUAACCUCUUCUAUACCUUUUGGCUUGGACUCCUUGACCUCCAAAGUCAAAGAUCAAUUAAAAGUGAGCCCUUUCCUGCCAGAUGCAUCCAUGGAAAAAGAGUUAAUACUUGACAGUGGUUUAGGUUCAGGAUCAGGGCAAAAAGUAGAUCUAAUUACUUGGCCAUGGAGUGAGACUUCAUCAGAGAAGAGCACUGAACCGCUGUCCAAGCCAUGGCUUGAAGAUGACGAUUCACUUUUGCCAGCUGAGAUUGAAGAUGAGAAGCUAGUUUUAGUUGACAAAAUGGAUUCCACAGACCAAAUUAGUAAGCACUCAAAAUAUGAACAUGAUGAUAGAUCCACACACUUCCCAGAGGAAGAGCCUCUUAGUGGGCCUGCUGUGCCCAUCUUCGCAGAUACUGCAACUGAAUCUGCAUCUCUAACCCUCCCCAAGCACAUAUCAGAAGUACCUGGUGUUGAUGAUUACUCAGUUACCAAAGCACCUCUUAUACUGACAUCUGUAGCAAUCUCUGCCUCUACUGAAAUAUCAGAUCAGGCAGAUGCCAUCCUAAGGGAGGAUACGGAACAAACUACCGAGUCAUCCAACUAUGAAUGGUUUGACAGCGAGGUUUCAAUGGUAAAGCCAGAUAUGCAACCUUUGUGGACUAUAUUGCCAGAAUCAGAGAGAGUUUCGACAAGAACUUCUUCCCUAGAGAAAUUGUCCAGAGACACAUUGGCAAGUACACCACAGAGUACUGACAGACUCUGGUUGAAAGCUUCUGUGACACAGUCUACCAAAUUGCCUCCAACCACAAUCUCCACCCUGCUAGAGGAUGAAGUAAUUAUGGGUGUACAGGAUAUUUCAUUAGAACUGGACCGGAUAGGCACAGAUUACUAUCAGCCUGAGCUAGUCCAAGAGCAAAAUGGCAAGGUUGGUAGUUAUGUGGAAAUGUCUACAAGUGUUCACUCCACAGAGAUGGUUAGUGUGGCUUGGCCCACAGAAGGAGGAGAUGACUUGAGUUAUACCCAGACUUCAGGAGCUUUGGUGGUCUUCUUCAGCCUCCGAGUGACUAACAUGAUGUUUUCAGAAGAUCUGUUUAAUAAGAACUCUUUGGAGUAUAAAGCCCUGGAGCAAAGAUUCUUAGAAUUGCUGGUUCCUUAUCUCCAGUCAAAUCUCACGGGAUUCCAGAACUUAGAAAUCCUCAACUUCAGAAAUGGCAGCAUUGUGGUGAACAGCCGAAUGAAGUUUGCCAAUUCUGUCCCUCCUAAUGUCAACACUGCGGUGUACAUGAUUCUGGAAGAUUUUUGUACCGCUGCCUACAAUACCAUGAACUUGGCUAUUGAUAAAUACUCUCUUGAUGUGGAAUCAGGUGAUGAAGCCAACCCUUGCAAGUUUCAGGCCUGUAAUGAAUUUUCUGAGUGUCUGGUCAACCCCUGGAGUGGAGAAGCAAAGUGCAGAUGCUUCCCUGGAUACCUGAGUGUGGAAGAACGGCCCUGUCAGAGUCUCUGUGACCUACAGCCUGACUUCUGCCUGAACGAUGGAAAGUGUGACAUUAUGCCUGGGCACGGGGCCAUUUGUAGGUGCCGUGUGGGUGAGAACUGGUGGUACCGAGGCAAGCACUGUGAGGAAUUUGUGUCUGAGCCUGUGAUCAUAGGCAUCACUAUUGCCUCUGUGGUUGGACUUCUUGUCAUCUUUUCUGCUAUCAUCUACUUCUUCAUCAGGACUCUUCAAGCACACCAUGACAGGAGCGAAAGAGAGAGGCCCUUCAGUGGCUUCAGCAGGCAGCCUGACAGCCUCUCAUCCAUUGAGAAUGCUGUGAAGUACAACCCUGUGUAUAAAAGUCACAGGACUGGAUGUGAGAAGUAUGAGGGACCCUAUCCUCAGCAUCCCUUCUACAGCUCUGCUAGUGGAGACAUGAUUGGUGGGCUGAGCAGAGAAGAAAUCAGGCAGAUGUAUGAGAGCAGUGAGCUUUCCAGAGAGGAAAUUCAAGAGAGAAUGAGAGUUUUGGAACUGUAUGCCAAUGAUCCUGAGUUUGCAGCUUUUGUGAAAGAGCAACAAGUGGAAGAGCUUUAACCAAAACUCCUGUUUUGAAACUGAUUAGAAGCCUGGAGAAGAUGGAGAUUACUUGUCGCUUAUGUCAUAUAAUUAACCUGGAUUUUGAACACUGUUGGAGAAGAGUUUUCUAUUAAAACCUUAAAUGUAGGGCAUAUUGUUUUUUUUUUUUUCAGCUUAAGUUUUCAGAAUGUAGUAAGAGAUAUUACCAUUUUUAUUUCGAUAAAGACUGAAAGCUGUGUUUAAAGAAAUUGAAAACUACAUGAACUCUGGAAAGUAUUCUACAAGAAAAAGCUGGACUUGGGAGUUAGGGCUGCCGUUGCUGUCUGCUUCUGAAUCAUUGAGGGUGUCUCCUAAGAACUGUGCCUCGGGUUUCUCAAUAGGAAAAUAAGGUGAGACUCUUACAUGGAGAAGUCUGGCUUAGUAAGGGAAUAUUUUGGAGCAUAUUUGUUAUUGUUGGGUAGAAGGGGAAACCUUUGAAGUAGUCUUAGUGGGUAGUUUAUAGUCAGGCAUUCAUCUAAAUAAAAUAUUUUCUUUCUUUUUUUUGAUCAAACUGCUAAAGAAAAAGCAAACUUUUUUGCUGCAGGAUAGAAUUAGGGUUGUAUUUUUAUGCUUCUAUCAGUGUUUUGCAUUUCCUGAGCAUAUUAAUCAAGACCACAUUAUUGUUAUGUUAACUAUGUUAAUGUCUUUUUUUUUUUUUUUUAGUUUUCAGGAAUAAUGCAAUAAUAAACUUCUAAAUAAAGUUUAGAAGAUUCCCAUUAAUCUAAAGACAAAUUUAAUCACAUGGGCAGGGAGGAAGUGAGUGUCAGGUCAAGAUCCCAGUGCUGAGAUUAUAUUUUGUUUCUUGAUUGCUGGACUGAGGUUCCCUGGUUGCUUCUGAGAUCUAAAGAUGUCUUGGGCAAAUCCUGUCUCUCCUUCAGUUCCUGGUAUAUUAAUUUGGAAAACAGCACUUAACUACCUCACAUAAUAUAGAUUAGCUCAUUUUCAUUGCUUCUCCUCUGUGUAAUACCUCCAGUCUAAAUUAACUCCUGCUUAUAUCAACAGGGCAAAGCUUUUAUUACUAUUAAAAUAUUUAAAAAACUGAACAGAUAGGAAGUCCAUACCUUAUAUACAUUUUGACAGAAAAUGGAAGUUUUCCUCUUUCCCCCUAGUGUUUUUUUGAGGAGGCCAAAUAAUCAUCAUCAUGUUAUUAAAUUGCAUAUACAUUAGGUUAUUAUUAAUGCAGAUACUUUAUACUAGAUGUUUUCAUGUUUGCCAAAACCAAUUCUGAACAUUUUGAUUUAUUUCUGACCAGAUAUAAAUAACCAGUAUAAACUAACCAUAAGAUAAAAUACUUGGUUCACUUUUUUUUCCUCAACUUGAUGACUGCCAAUUCUGCUCAUAAUGAGGAUACUGGAAACUAAAUAUCCGGGCUCGGUGUAUGCCACAGUAAGACUAGUGAAAACCUCGAAGAUGGCCAGGUAUUUUGCAAAGUAUGUGUGGAUAACAAGAUGUGUGUGUGUGUGUGUGUGUGUGUGUGUGUGUGUGUGUGUGUGUAUGCGUAUGCAUGCCUGCGCCAAGGUGGCACCCUUGUCCUGGUAUUUCCUUUCAUUCUCUACUCACAUAAUGGAUCCUCUAACAGUUCAGUAUAGGUACACUUUCCACUAUGUUAUUGAAAUGUUCUAGUCUUAAUAUUGGAUAAUUAGACACUUUCCACUGGGCCCAUUUGAAAAGUAAUUGAUAAUUAUCUUUAAGAUAUUUUAAGUGUUAAUGAUAUUUGUCACUACUAAAUGCUUAGUUUUAUUUAUGAAACUUUCAAAAUUUUCUGCUUAAGAUUGCAAACUGUUUUCCUAUACUAUGUGUUAGAUGAAAAUAUAUUUUAUCACAAAUUAACCUCAGAAUGCAACUCUUUGAAUGUGUGCUUGCUGGAAGAAUUCCAGGUGGACACAAAUCCCUCUAGGGCAGGUCACCAUGUGGAACACUUAGGAGAAGCACAAACUGAGCCAAAGGAGGGUUGUUGUUUUCCACAAA